AUGACUUUAGUGGCUAUAGGGGCGUGCUACCUAGACACAAUUCUAACUACCCCCCAUUACCCAGGUGAAGAUGAGAAGCUUCGUGCAUCCAGGAUCAGUCGCCGGCGUGGUGGAAACUGCCCAAAUACUCUCGAAGUUCUAGGGCAAUUGUUACAAUAUGGGCCAUCGAGUGCCGAAUCAUCCCUGAAUCUCAUUACUGUCCUUCCCUCCAAAACAUCAGUGGCAUCUCAGCAAAUUCAAUCGAGCUUAGGUAAUAUGGUUCGUCUAGAUAAUUGCAUUUAUCGAGAGAUAUUCAGUGAGCCAGCUUCCAGUUACAUCAUUGCCAGCCAGGCCACCUGUAGUAGGACGAUCGUCAAUUACAACGAGCUGCCCGAAAUGACUCGCAAUGAGUUCGCAACUGCUGUUGAUCCCCUACGUGAUGUAACCGAUCGACCCUGGUUUCAUUUUGAGGGCCGUGCACCAGAUGUAACCUUGGAAUGUAUUCAUUAUCUCCGGGAGAAUUUUCCAGGGGCUAAAAUCAGUGUUGAGGUGGAAAAGGCAGGCCGGCCAGGAUUGGAGGAGCUUGCAGACGUGGCAGAUGUUGUUGUCUACUCGAAGGGCUGGGCCCAGAACAAUGGAUAUACAUCCGCUGAGGAUUGCUUGCGAGAUCAAUCAUCGAAGACAAGCCGAGCAUCCUUGCUAUGCUGUACUUGGGGUCAUGACGGGGCUGCAGCACUUGAACCAAAGACUGGCAACUUUGCUCAUGUCCCGGCGCAUACUGAAGAAGUGGGAGUUGCCGACACCAUCGGGGCUGGAGAUACAUUCAAUGCUGGCUUGCUAUACGGUCUCGUGUACCGGGGUCAUGAUUGGGAUUUCCGAAAGAUAUUAGAAUUUGCAAAUCUUAUUGCCGGCUUGAAGGUCACGCAAGAGGGCUUUUCAGACCUGCAAAGAGCAUUAAACUUUCCAUCAUAUUAA